CCAUCUGACCGCCGAAAUGGGCGCCCUAACAUGCAUCUCAUCUACUCGGAAAGGUUGCCAAUCAAGGUCCAUCCUCUACCAUCAGUAACAACCAAUCCUUUGUCGGUUGUGCAUGUUUUGUUAGUUCUAGCCAAACACUUCUUCACGACGCCAGAAUCCAUUCCUUCUCCUGUAUAUGAAGGUUCCUUCUCGACGGAAACACGCUCAGUUCAGAUCACCGCCACCACAACCAUUAAUGCAUUGUGGAAGUGUGGGUUUUUCGGCAAGGGAUCUCUAAGCCGAUCGGAACCCGCGUGGCUCCAGACGGAAAAGAAUCGCAGAGGCCUUUAUCUCAAGGGAACCAGCGAGAUCGUGACAGGGAAAAGAAGGAAGGAGAGGAGAAAGUUCAAGUUGGACCGACAAAGAGCACAGCUUAAAGCCCUUGAGGAUCAGCUACGCCGUGAGAGAGGCGAGAUACUAGAAGAGCCGUCUGCGGACCAAACAAACGAGUCUCAAUCCGCAACCGCAGUGAAGGAAGAAACCGAUGCAGUCGAUAUCCAACCCUCCCCUGUCGCUGAUGCUGCCCUUCUCAGUACCGAACAGACCGACAGCAUUGAAGUACUGGACCAGGAGCACCUCCAAUUAAGCCUUGAGGAAGCAUUCUUCCUCGCAUACGGACUGGGCGUACUUCGAAUCAACGUCCCCAGUACCGUGUCUUCAGCCGCGAUAAACGGCCUAGAAUCCUCUAACGAAGCUACGGAAGCAUCUCAGGAUUCUUAUUCGCUUAUGAAUCUCUUCCGGGCUCACUCGUACUUCCCUCCCGCUCCUAUCGAGACACUCUCUCCGGACGACCCAUUCCUUCUUCAAUAUAUUACCUACCAUCACUUCCGGUCUCUGGGAUGGGUCGUCCGUCCAGGCCUGAAGUUCGCUUGCGAUUACAUGCUAUAUCUCAAGGGUCCGGUCUUCACUCAUGCUGAGUUUGCCAUUGUCAUCGUUCCCAAUUACAAAGGCGUCCAUUGGGAUAGCGAGGACGGUCAGUCCUCAAAGCGAUACAGAGCGAAAGAUUGGUGGCGGAUGCAUUGCACCAACAGAGUCCAAAGCCAUGUGUUCAAGACGCUUGUGCUCACCUACGUGGAGGUCCCUGAGCCUUCUGUGAUAAAGGAAUUCCAAGAGCAUAGAGAUGUCGGCGGGUUGCUCAGGCAGUACAAAGUCAGAGAGUUCUGCAUCAAGCGGUGGACUCCAAACAGGAACCGCGAUUGA